CUCCGCUCCUCCUACACACGCAUCGGUCUCUCGCCACUCGCGUCCGCAAUCAUGGAGGCGAACGGCACCGAGCAGCUGCCGGUACAGUUGGGCAUGGACACGCUGAUCGUGAACGGGCACGCGGCAGAACGAGAAGAAACGGACCCCGCCAAGAAGAAGAAGAAGAAAAAGAAGAAAAGCAAGUCAGCGGUUACCGCAGGACAGGUCGAGCAGGGGGUGGAUGGAGAGGUGGAAGUGAGGAAAACGACAGAACAGCAGAACCUGGAGGACAAGGACAGAGAAGACGAUGGUGAAGAAGACGGGGAAGAGAUCGAUAACACCUCUGGAAAAAAGAAGAAAAAGAAGGCCAAGAAGAAGAAAGGACCCAAAACUCAGACCGACCCGCCCUCCUUGCCCAUCUGUGAUCUGUACCCUAACGGUGUGUUUCCUGUGGGCCAGGAGUGCGAGUACCCCCUAUCACAGGAUGGGCGUAGCGCUGCAUGGAGAACGACCAGGGAGGAGAAGCGCGUGCUGGAUAAAGCUAACGAGGAGAUGUGGAAUGAUUUCCGGCAGGCGGCCGAAGCUCAUCGGCAGGUGCGCAAAUAUGUGCAGAGCUGGAUCAAACCUGGCAUGACCAUGAUUGACAUCUGUGAGCGUUUGGAGGACUGCAGUAGGAAGUUAAUCAAAGAGAACGGCUUGAACGCAGGGCUGGCGUUCCCUACCGGCUGCUCGCUGAAUAACUGUGCUGCUCACUACACACCAAAUGCUGGAGACCCCACUGUCCUUCAAUACGACGAUGUGUGCAAGAUCGAUUUCGGCACACACAUCAACGGCAGGAUUAUUGACUGUGCCUUCACUGUCACCUUCAAUCCAAAGUAUGAUCGCUUGCUUGAAGCUGUAAGAGAUGCCACCAACACGGGCAUCAAGUGUGCUGGUAUAGAUGUACGUCUUUGUGAUGUUGGAGAAUCGAUACAGGAAGUGAUGGAGUCAUACGAGGUUGAAAUAGAUGGAAAAACAUACCAAGUCAAACCUAUUCGCAAUCUAAAUGGACACUCUAUCGGUCAGUAUCGGAUACAUGCUGGGAAGACGGUGCCCAUUGUGAAGGGAGGAGAAGCCACUAGGAUGGAGGAGGGAGAAGUAUACGCCAUUGAGACUUUUGGUAGCACUGGUAAGGGUGUGGUGCACGAUGACAUGGACUGCUCGCAUUACAUGAAGAACUUUGACGUUGGGCACGUGCCAAUCAGGCUGCCCAGGGCGAAACAUCUGCUCAACACGGUGAACGAGAACUUCGGGACGCUUGCGUUCUGUCGCCGCUGGCUCGACCGUUUGGGUGAGAGCAAGUACCUGAUGGCUCUGAAGAACCUGUGUGACCUGGGCAUCAUCGAUCCCUACCCCCCUCUGUGUGACGCUAAGGGCUCGUACACGGCGCAGUUCGAACACACCAUCCUGCUCAGACCCACGUGCAAGGAGGUUGUGAGCCGCGGAGACGACUACUGAAACGCGCAUAUGUGUACACACUCGGCACUCACGCAAACACAUACACAAACAUAAAGGCAUUCUUAUAAGUAUAAACUAGUUUCAAAGCAGUUGGUGUUUACUGAACUGCUGUUAGGGAAAUUCUGCUGCGACCGUGCAGUAUAAAGUUAGGCAUGAAACUACUAUGCACGGGUAUGAGCCAGUGCCCCAAUUAAUCGAGUGAGAUAAAGAAUUUUUACUCAUUUGUACUUUGUGUAGUGAAUGAGAAAAUGUAGAGUACGGCUGCUUGGCUUUACAAGAAAACUCCAUUUCAUCAGGAAGUUAUCGAUAAUGCGCACAGCUUUUACAGUUCUUUUUGAUAAUUGUACAAUAUCAAAACGGCUGUUUCAUCUAGCAACUGUAUUACAUUUUGAACUCCCCCUGUUAUUUUUGUUAUUUUUAAAUAAAUAGAAUAAAAUUAAAUACAUUCUAAAAUA